AUGUGUAGCCCAACACAUCUUCCUUCUUUGAAAGCAGGUUCGUCUUCUCGUCAUCCUUUACACCAUUUUCUUAAUUAUGAUCGCUUUACCAACUCCCAUAAAACUUUUCUAACCUCUGUUGCUCUUGAGAAUGAGCCUUGCACAUUUACAGAAGCUAUGAAGCAUAAAGAAUGGAGAGAUGCCAUGCAAGCCAAAAUUCAGGCAUUAAACCAAAAUCAAACUUGGUCACUUGUACCCCUUCCCCCCGGGAAGAAAUCCAUUGGCUGCAAAUGGAUAUACAAAAUCAAAUGGCGCUCAGAUGGCAGUAUUGAAAGAUACAAGGCGCGCCUUGUUGCCAAGGGAUACACCCAGAUUGAAGGUGUCAACUUCCAUAAUACCUAUGCUCCAGUGGCAGAGCUCGUUACUGUACGAGUUCUCCUUGCCUUUGCUGUUGCCCGGGGAUGGCCUUUACAUUAG